AUGUUGGCACCAAAUCACUCGCGCAAAGCCCUUUCUCUUUCCCUGCCACAACCGCCGUCUCCUCCUCCGGAACCCGUUAACAUCCUCCUCCGGCGCCGCCACCUCCUCAGCACCACUGCAUUCACCAUCUCCUUCAAUUUCAAUCUCUCUUUCACAACCUCUCUGUUCUUAACAGAGCCGGUAGCCGGUGCCAGCGGCCUCUUUCAAAUGCCCCCACCACGCCUCACCAACCGGUAUUUUCUGGUGAGAGCUGGUGAGUCUGAGUUCGAGAGCAUGGGAGUUAUCAACACCAACCCCGUGGAGAAGACUUCAGUGGAUAAUGGGUUAUCUGAAAGAGGGAAAAAACAGGCUAUAAAAGCAGCUUUUGAUUUGAAAGAAAUGGGAGCAUGUGAUAAAGGAUGUUGGAUCUGGUCUGCCAUAACUCAAAGAGCUUACCAGACUGCAGAGAUUAUUGCUUCUGUUAAUGGAGUUACCCGUAGCUAUCUAGUCCCAGAAUACAGCUUUCUUGAUGCCCGUGGAUUAGGUGCCUAUGAAGGAAAAAAACUGGAAUCUGUUUCAGAAGUGUAUGCGUCAGAUGGCAUAUCUCCAAACAUCAAGCCUCCUCCCAUUGAAGAUGGAACUCCGAAUGAGAGUGUUGCGGAUGUUUUUGUUCGUGUGACACAACUUAUGUCGAUUCUCGAAACCCAGUAUUCUGGUGACACGGUUAUUAUAGUCUCGCCUGAUUCUGACAACUUGACAAUUCUUCAGGCUGGUUUGAUAGGACUAGACCUACGAAGGCACAGGGAUCUGUCUUUCACACCCGGUGAAGUCCGCUUUGUUGAUCCCAGUGACAUUCCUGCAUAUAAGCAACCUGCAUCUGCUGUAUAUAAAUGUUCCAAGAACCCACCAAAUUGUAACUAA